UCAAUGUAAACAGUUGCACUUGCACAAAUUCUGAUUCUCUCGAUCUCUUAAAGUCUCAUGCUUGCUGCCAACAUAAACGGUAGCUCAUUUGUACGUCUUAAAUAAUCUUGAAUCAAGGAGGUUAGAAUCUAGUUAGAAAUUUCUUUCUUUAUGAAAAAUCUUCAUUAAGAGAAAAAGAAAGUGUUAAGUUUGUGGAUUAGUUAUUUUUUUGUGUGGGGAAACGUUACUGAAAAAAAUUUAUACAAUUUGAGAAGUAGGCCUACAGUAUAAUAUUAUGAAAAUGAAGAUCCCAACUCCAUAUUUAUUAUUUUCUGCUUUUGGUGCAGUUGGUGGUGGCCUUAUAUUAGUUAAAGAAUAUUUAAGUGGACCUAGAUAUGAAGGAAAGGAAAGAUUAGAUGGGAAAACAGUGAUUAUCACUGGUGCCACUGAUGGAAUUGGAAAAGAAACAGCUAAAGAAUUGGCCAAGAGAGGAGCAAAAAUAUUUAUGGCCUCCCGUGAUAUGAAGAAGUGUGAAGAAAUCAGAAAAGAUUUUGUUCUUCAGACUGGCAACAAAUUUAUUUACUGCAGAAAAUGUGACCUAGCAUCUCAAGAAUCUAUUAGACAGUUUGCCUCAAGAUUUAAUUCUGAGGAGUCUAGAUUGGAUAUUCUCCUUAAUAACGCUGGGGUAAUGCGCUGUCCUCGCAGUUUAACUUCCGAGGGAAUUGAGAUGCAAAUAGGGGUGAACCAUUUCGGCCAUUUCCUUCUCACCCACCUAUUACUGGAUAAACUAAAAAAAACAGCACCUAGUCGGAUCAUUAACGUUUCCAGCGUGGCACACCUAAGGGGGGAAAUAGAUUUUAACGAUCUUAACUCAGAAAAACACUACGAUCCUGCCAAAGCUUACGAACAGAGCAAAUUAGCCAACGUACUUUUUACGCGGGAACUGGCUAAGCGCCUCGAAGGUACCGGUGUGACCGUGAACGCCUUACAUCCAGGAAUCGUGGAUACAAAUAUUGCCCGACACAUGGAUUUUGUCAAUAGUUGGUUUGCUAGCCUCUUUCUAAAGCCACUUGCAUGGCCUUUCAUCCGUACGCCCGAAAGAGGAGCGCAGACAACUCUUUAUGCAGCGCUUGACCCCUCUCUUGCGAAUGUAACCGGGAAAUAUUUUAGUAACUGUGCUGAAAGUCACGUUGCACCACAAGCCUUGGAUGAUGACGCGGCGCGUAAGUUGUUUAUCACUAGUUUACGAUGGACGCGUCUUCAUUAGAAUAAAAAAGAAAAAUUCUUUAAAUUUUAUUUUCUGUCGUUUCAACAAAUAUAGACAAUUUUGAACUUAA